UUGUUGAUUAAUAAUAAUUAUUUAGUAUGGAAAGAACAUAUCCAUUCAAUAGAUGUUGUAAUCCAUUAAACAUUGAUAAACACUCGAAAAGUAAGGAAUUAAGACCAGCUUCUAAAACCUUACAAGACUCAUGGAAUUUGAAUAGUUUUGAUUAUCUAUGUGGAAUGUGCAGGAAAAAAUUACUUUCCAUGAAGUCUGUAGCAUCUACGUCAUCUAAUUUUAAUAAUGAUAGUGGUGCAAGUGAUAAUGCUAGUGAUACUGGAGAAAACGAUUUUGUUACUCAAAAUUCUGAUAUGGUUGUAGACGAGAAUGUUGAAGAUAACAAUAUAAAUGAAAUUAGAAUUGAGAACAGCCAAUCAACUAAUCCAACAUUAUCUAGUACUUCUUUUACUUCAGGUAUUUUUAUUCUACAGUAUUGUUGUCUUAUUAUAUCUUGUUAUCUAUCAUAAUUGCAAUAACUAUCACUAACAAUUUUCUAUUCGAAGGAUCGAAGUCUUUGUCUGGUGAAGAACUUGUACGAACAGUAUCGCAGUUAAGUCUUGGCACACAAUUGCCUGUAAUAAAUGAUGCUCUACUGUUAUUAAAUAUAUCUCCUAUUGACAAGUAUGAAAUACAUCAGCCAUCAUAUUUAAAAGAAAAAUAUACAGAAAUUUGCUCUACAUUUGCAAGAUUACUAGGAUUAGAUAGUAAAACUGAUCAUUACGCAAAUUCUUCUUAUUAUCAAGACAUUGUAGAAAAUCUUAAGGUUAAAUUCAACGACGAAAACACUCUUCGAGCGCAAAAGGUUCAAAUUUUGACGUUGUUACCUGGUGAUUGGAGUAUUAAUAAGAUUUGCGAUGUUAUGGGUGCUACUAAGCACAUGGCUGUCUUAUCAAAAUCACUUAAGGAAAAUGAAGGAAUUUUAUCAGAGCCGGAAAAAAAAAGGGUAAGGUUUCAAGUUGUUAACGGCUUUCACUAACCAAAAGUAUGACUAUUUUUAUUUUUUUAUUUGCGUUGUGAAAUCUAUUUCAUAAAUCAUGAAUUUUUAGGACGAUCACUAUCCAACGCAAUGAAAUGCAAGGUCAUUGACUUUUAUGUAAGUGAUGAUAUAAGUGUUAAUUUGCCAGGUAAAAAAGAUUUUUUGUCAAUACGAAACAAUGAAGGGAAAAGAGAACACGUACAAAAGAAACUAAUUUUAUGUAAUCUCAAAGAACUGUACGAAACUUUCAAAGAGCAAAAUCCGGAAAAUAAAAUAGGAUUUUCAACCUUUGCAUCGUUAAGACCUCCGCAGUGUGUAUUGGCAGGAUCUGGUGGCACUCACACUGUCUGUGUGUGUGCUGUUCAUCAAAACAUAAAACUUAUGAUGUUAGGUUCUAAUUUAGCGUCGCUCACUCGCCAUCUUCCGAUUCCUUUAGUGCAAUAUCAGGAUUGUUUUAAGCUCAUAGUAUGUCCCAACCCAUCAUCCGACUGUUAUUUUCAAAAAUGUCCAAAUUGCCCAGGCAUCAAACUUCUAGAAGAAUUAUUAGAAACUGUUUUUGAUGAAAAUGAAAUAGAUGAUAUCACUUAUAAAUAUUGGAUAUCAAAUCCACGUUGCAGUCUUGAAACAUUCAUCAAGAGCUCUUCGGAUUUCAUCGAGAUAUUUUCUGAACAUAUUGUCAAUCUUUUGCCACAUGACUUCAUUGCUAAACAGCAAUCUAGUUUUUUGAAAAGCAAAAAGGAAUCAUUAAAAGACAAUGAGUCUUUAGUAAUUUGUGAUUUUGCUGAAAACUAUGCUUUUGUGAUUCAAGAUGCGGUUCCGGGAUUCCACUGGAAUAAUAAUCAAGUCACAAUUUUUCCCGUAGUGAUUUAUUUCAAGCAAAAUAAUGAAAUAACUCAUCGCAGCUUAAUUAUUAUUUCUGAUAAUAAUCAUCAUGACACAGUUGCUGUAUAUGUUUAUCUCAAAAUUAUUACUGAUUUUAUAAAGGAUCUAAAUUCUACUGCAGCAAAAGUUUUUUAUUUUUCUGAUGGUGCUCCACAGCAGUUUAAAAACUUCAAAAAUUUUGUAAAUAUUUACUAUCACAAAGAAGAUUUUAAUUUAGAUGCCGAAUGGCAUUUUUUUGCCACAGCACAUGGUAAAGGACCUUGCGAUGGUAUUGGUGGAGUUGUCAAAAGAAAGGCCGCGAAAGCUAGUCUUCAACGACCUAUCGAUAAUCAGAUAACAACACCUGAAGAAUUUUAUGAGUGGGCAGUUGAGCCAAAUUCUUUACCUAGCAUUGCUGUAAAAUUUUCACCUGAAAGUGACUAUGUUAACGCUAGAGAAAAAUUGGAACUGCGAUACAUAACAGCAAAAUCAAUCACAGGGACUCAGAAAUUUCACUGUAUUAUUCCGGUAACUAAUGGCAGCAUAAAAGCUAAAGAGUAUUCCAAUUCAAACCUAGAUCGUACUUGUAAAUUAUUCAAAAAUUUGCGUAAAUAAAUAAAUGUUACUGUUUUGAUUGUAUGUAAACAGAUAAA